AUGCCGCGCAUCCCCGUGCGCGUGGAGCCGUACAGCUCGCCAUCACGCCAGCACAGGCACUACAAGAACAAGCGCGACCAGGUGCUGCGUGCGCUCGGCAAGGCGGCGUACAUCAAUGGAUCCCACUUUGCCAUCAUGUGGGUCAGCGCCCGUGGCGAUGUAGAGACGUACGCGUCCGAAGCGCUCCAGAGCCGAUUGGACGACUGGUUUGUUGCAGGCGGCAUCGCCGAAGAGGCCAAGGAACUCGUCAAGGUCGCCGGAGGUAAACCGUCCUCCAAGGUGUUUGACGAUUCGGACGAGGACGAGGAGAAUGAGGACUCGAACGAGGAUCCGUUUUUGGACAGUCAGGUGGGGGCAAAGAGGAAGGUGCUUGCGCCGCUCAAUACCGCCGCUGCCAAUCAGCACUUUUUGCGAAGUCGAAGCUGGAACGACGAGGCGCCCAAGUCGGCACCACUUUUCCCCACCUCGAGUGCAGGGUUUGUCGACGAGCCGCCUAGGACGUCCACCCCGAUCAUGUCGGCUUCCUCGCGCAUGCUCGCGCGCAACUCGAUCAGCGGUGGAGUCGGGACGGCUGCCGGUACGCCUACGGUGGAUAUCUCGCUCGCGGACGAAGCGGCACGCACCGCCUUCCUCGAGCUGCGGUUCGGGCAGCUCCAACAGGGCGUGUGCAAGACCGUCGCCAAGGCGUGGAUCAAGAUCAUCGAACCAAAGAAGCAGACGCGGUGCCCGUACAACAAGGGCGAGCAGGGCAAGCCCGACUGGUGGCCCGCCGGCGUGCGCCACAAGGAACCCGACCACCUCAUGAAGCCAGAACGCCACGCGCUGCUGCUCACCAUCCUGCGCAGUCCCAAAGUCCAAGUCGCCAGGCUCCAGCUCGCUACCGCCGAGGUCGUGGCACUCAUCAAGGCGGAUAAGGUCAGUCUGCUCAUGGACGUGUACAGGAUUGCACGCGAGGAGGAGAAGAUUCGAGAAAAGGGCGCCGACAAGGAUACGCCGCUCACCGUCGGGGUUAGUACGCUGGAUGGAUGGUGUAGCAGCGAUAGUGCGCCUACUACGCAUGGGAGACAGAUUGCAAGGUCCGCCACACCCGAGGUGGCAGAGAGGAAGAAACGCCCCGCACCGGCCAUGGACAAGGGUAAAGGCGGAGGGGGCAAGAGAAGGAGCAUUGCGGCGCCUACGAGUGGCGAGAUUCGACCCAGGCAUUUGGCGCCGCAAGAAGCAGGCGUGGUGGGGCUCGGGCUGAUGGCGAGGAGCAACUCGCUUUCAGCUAUGCCGACGCCAGCGGGCAGUGCAGAAACGAGUCCGUGGCCGGCGAGCUAUGCGACUUUUGCCCACGCGCAUGGCUUGGUCACCCCGCUUACGGCGAGUGCCACGCUCGAUCCGGCCUUCAGCGCCAUGGCCCACCCUCCACCGCCCGAAGGAACAUUCUACUAUCCCCCGCCGCCUGCACAGGCGUUCUACGAGUCGAUCCCCCCACAUGCCAUCCCCCCGCACCAGCAACAGCAACAGCAACAGCCAGACGGCAACGCAGGACUGGGCUUCGAACCUAACGCUCUCGGCUUGGAGGGUUGGAACUUUGCGCUCGACAUGAGCGCCGACCUGUCCAACAACACCGCCUGGAGUGGCGACAAUUCCUUUUCCAUCGAGUCGAUCCCCGCGCCCAAAACGCCCGAGGGCGAGUUGAGGAUCAACAUGCCCCACAACCACCAACACAAGCCAGAGUUCUGGAUGCAGAACCAGUGGAAUCCAUCCCAGCAUCAGUCGCAGUAA